AUGUCAGUUUUGGUUAAUGGGUCUCCAACCACAGAUUUUGAGGCGGAAAAAGGAUUGAAACAGGGAGAUCCACUAUCUCAUUUUCUUUUCACAAUUUUCCCUGAAGGGAUAGCAAGGAUUUUGGCAAAGUCUAAGGUGGAUGGUUCCUUUAAGGGAUUUCGUGUUAGUAAUAGUCUUUCAUUUGAGUUGCUGCAAUUUUUUGUGGACGAUACGGUUAUCGUAGAUGAGGGAUGUUGGAGUAAUCUCUGGUGCAUCAAAGCUAUUUUGACGGGCUUUGGGCUUGUUUCAGGUUUACAAGUGAAUUUGUCAAAAAGCAGUCUAAUGGGCGUUCAUGUGGCAGAGUCGUUUAUGCAGACGGCAUCAGACUUUUUGUGUUGUAAAGUUGGUAAAAUCCCUUUUCCUUUUCUUGGAAUCCAGCUGGGGUGUAAUCAAAGACAACGAUCGACGUGGGCAGGGGUGGUAAAUAAGAUGAGAAGAAGGUUAUCGUCGUGGAAAUGUAGGUGUUUGUCGAUUGGAGGAAGAAUCACUCUAAUCAAUUUUGUUCUUAACGCAAUACCGGGGUACUAUUUGUCGUUUUACAAAAUUCCAAAGGUGGUGCUGGCUGAAAUGGUGAAGUUGCAGAGGGAGUUUUUGUGGUGCGGGGGGGGUGGAUCGGAGAUGCAUAUCUUGGCUUAG